UAAUGCAAGUAGCAAUGAUUGCCCCAAAUAAGGUUUAAAUAGGCAUUUAAAAUUAAAAAUUAGAUAUCUUUGAUGAUAAUAAGCAACUCUAAAAGGCUGGAGGAUUAAAGAAGAUUUAGGCUAUAAGGAUUUUCUUUACUGAUAAAUAGUAAUGUGAUGCAUUCUAUAUUUUAGUAUACGAGGAUUCGAAAUAUUUUACAAAUUAAAUGAUGGGGAUCUUUUGAAAGCAGGUCAUAAUGUUCCAAAAUCCAAGAAAGAACUCUAAAAUGCUAUUAUAGAAAUAGGGCCUGAUGAUUACGUAAGUGAAAUAUUUGGUGCAUACUAAUCUGCUAAAAAGAAUAGAAUUAUAAAUAUUACAUUUAUAACUUAUAGAGGUAAGGUUUAAUCAUUCGGUGGUAAGGGAGACAAAUCAUUUGGAUUUUGUUUUCCAGGAUCUACAUUUGGAGCAUUCAAAGGAGGGUAAAAUAAAUUAGUAACAAUAUAGUUAAAAGAAAGCUGUAGAGUGGUUAGAGAUUGAUGUACUUCCCUUACCUGAAGAUUUCAAAAUAGAAAUGGAAAAAUUAGGAAUAUUAAAAAUUCAGAAAAUAAGUGAAUAACCUCAAAGAACUUAAAGUAAUCUUAGCAAUCCUUCAAAUAACACUGGAUAAGGUUCACUAAUAGUAGUUCCAAAAAUAUAAGUAGCUAAGCCAAUGAUUGCUGUUCCAUCAGUCAUAGUACCUUAAGUAAACUAAUAAUAAAAUAUGAAUUAAUAAUAAUAAAAUGUUCCAUUUUAAUAAUAAUAUCCAUAAUAAUAAUAAUAUCCAUAAUAAUAAUAAUACUAAUAAUAUCCAUAAUAAUAAUAAUAAUAUUAAUAAUAUCCUUAAUAUCCAUAACAAUAAUCAUAUCCUUAAUAUCCAUAAUAAUAACCAAUUCCAAAUUAAUAAAAUCCUUAUGUUCCAUAUAAUUAGUAGCCAUAAUCCUAGAAUCCAUACAGUAGUAGUUAUCCUAAAUUUAAUUGA